AUAUGGCUUUUUCUCCACACCAGAUUAGAGCCCACGAAGGCUCCUCACCAGUGUGGGAGGUGCCCUGUGCAGGAGGAAGGCUGUGUUUGCAGCCAAAGUGGUAAUGAGCACCCUUGGAGAAGAGUGAUCCUGUGGUAGAGAGGAUGAAUCACCAAGGGAGAGUCAGUCCUGGAACUGCAGCCCCAGCAGAAGAGAGAAGCUGCUCCUGGCUGAACAUCUGGGUCUUCCUUACUUUUGCCCUUGCCAUCAAAGCUGCCUUGGUGACCAUCUGCCUUGUGGUUCCCUUCUGCCACAGCAGUGACCAGCCCACAGUCCUGCAGCAGCAGUUCUCAGAGUGGGAGUGCAACUCAGCGCUGCCACAAGGCACAGACCGAGGCUGGAUGUGCUGCCCAAAGGGCUGGAGAAGGUUUCAAAGAAGCUGCUAUUUCCUGUCCACUGAUAAGAUGUCAUGGGCUGAGAGUGAGCAGAACUGCACUGGGAUGGGCUCCCAGCUGGUGGUGAUCAACAGCAAGGCAGAGCAGGAUUUCCUCUCUGAGCAGAUAAAACGAAAUCCAAAAAGAGAGAAUUUCCACAUUGGUCUGUUUGCGGAGAAGGUGGGACAGUGGCAGUGGGUGGACAAGACUCCAUAUAAUGUGACAGCAGCGUUCUGGCGGGAAGGAGAACCAAGUAACAGCCUGGGUGAGAACUGCACUGUAAUGCAUGUUCCUGGAGUAUCUCUCAACAACUGGAAUGAUGUCAGAUCAGAUCUUUUGCAUCAUCGAAUUUGCGAAGCUGCAGCAGUAACUGUGUGAUUGAAAUAUCCUAUCCCUGUCCUGAGUAAAUCUGGGAGCUGAGCAGUGAGCUGGGAAGAGCACUGGGCUGUGCUGGGAGGGGUGGGGAGCCCUGACACAUCUACACUGUGCUGGGUGGGACCACGUGUGUGGAAGUGAAAUGAGCUUUGUCCAGCAUCCCCAGUGCACGUAGUGGCUCAGGGAACACAGGAAGGCUCAGGCUCAUCAAAGCAGGUCCUGUGUUCUUGUGUCCUCUUCUCUCUGAGUGGGUCCAGCAGCCACUGGCUGGAAAGAGAUGGACUUCUCCAGGAGGAAGCCACAGGAAUGGAAGGCAGAUGUCCAGAGAUGCAAUUUCCUUUGUCUCCAUGAGCAGAGGUGUUUGCUUUUGUUGAGUCACACAGAAUUUACUCCAGUUGUCCUGGUUUUGCUGAACAAAUUCUGAAUUCUUGUACAAGAGGAAAUACGAUAUCAGACCAAUGGAAAAA